CAACAUCAGAUUUUUCUUCAAUAAUAGUUUCUAUUUCUCUUAGAUUAGAUUUUGAAUUCAAUAAUAAAUGAUAAUUUUUUUACAGAUUAACAAAGAACGCCGUUUAACGAAUGCUUCCUGCACUUGUGUUACCAGAAAGUUGGCUAAAUGUAAGCACAUUUACGCGCUAAUUUAUUAUGUGAAUGCGAAUCGCAGCGAAACAAAAACUUCUUUAGAACAGGAAUGGGGUCUUCCCUCUGCCCGACGUUUGGGUAACAUUUUGUAUGCGAAACCCAUUCCAAUCUCAACGUUAUUUCCCCGAAAAAAGGGAGGAUUUGUAGAUUCUCCGAUAAUUCCAUUAACUGAACAGAAAGUAAAAAAUCUUGUAGGUCCGUUGCGCGAUACUAUUAUUAAAAAUUUUGAAAUAUCUAAAUCUGUUAAUAAUAAUAGUAAUAGUGCUAGAAGGAUGAAAAGGCCUGACAAUGAUUUAGAAGGAGUUAAAUGCUGUAUUUGGGAACUAAUAAAUAUGUUCACAGAGGGCAACUGUUACGGCAAAUUAAAUAUAGAUUUUCCCUCUCCAGAUCUAAAACAAUAUUAUGAGAGUUCAGUAGUUCUAAGGAGUGAUCAAAUUUUUGAAUUGUGUGUUUCAACAAGAACUCAGGCUGAUGGAAAUGCUACUAGCCUUUGGUUCGCUGCCCGAAAGCUAAGAAUUAGUGCCAGCGAGAAAGCACACAAAAUAAAGGUUCGCACUUCGAGAAAACCCGCUCAUAAUCUUGCAAAGGAUUUGAUUAAUUCUAAAACAGUUGAUCACCCAAAUUUAAUGUAUGGCUCACAAAAUGAAAAAAUAGCUUUGAAUCUUUAUCGAAAACAAAAUAAUAAUUAUAUCAUUUUUGAAAUAGGAGUUCUAGUUUCAGAAUAUGAACCGUGGCUUUGUGCUUCGCUCGAUGGCGUUGUAAUCGGAAAGGAAAGUGGUUUAGUUGAGAAAGUACUUGAAAUAAAAUGCCCAAUUAAUUGUAAAGAUCAGUCUAUUUUCGACGAAAGACGCAUGUCUUUCGGGGUGAAAUAUUUAGAUAUUGUUGACAAUGAAAUUUAUCUACGUAAAAAUCAUCAGUACUACACACAAGUACAAUUGCAGAUGUACAUUUCGAACACGUGGAUUUGCGAUUUAUUUUUAUACUCUCCCAAAGGAAAUUUGAACGUAGAAGUACGUCGCGAUGAUGAAUUUUUGUCCGUUCUUAUUCCUAAACUGCAAAAUUUUUAUGUACAGUAUUAUUUACCUGCGUUGUAUAAAGAUACACAUAAAUAUAAAUGAAGUUCUCUUUUCAGUAGUUGCUCGUUUCCUCAAUAAUAAAAAUCACAUAUGUAAAACAAUGGCUGUCUAUUUGUGAAUAAAAUGAUGUGCAAUUAUCUAUGUUUAUUCAUUCAUAAAUAUAUUGAUUCUAUCCAUUACAAUGCAUAUAUUCAAGUAUACGUCGAGAAAAAUAAGUUUCUAUUCGGAGGCUUCAUGCUUUAUAAUGUUUGCCUGUAAAUUUACUAAUGCACAGCACAUAAAAAUAAUCUCAUUCGCAAAAGGAAGCAUUUGGAUAGAAAGCUUCGAUAAUAUCUUGAAGGUUUUUAUUCUCUGAAUAAUUCUCUCCACAUGAAUGCGUACACUAGCGAUAGUUUGGGUCUCUUCAACGUCUUCAGUUGAAAAACAGUCGUCAUGAAGGAAUGGAGGCAUAACAACUAGAACUCCUUUCUGUGAUUGAUCCAUCAAUGAUUUAAUUUGAGGAAAUCCUUUGUCUGCUAAAACAACGUCUCCUAGUUCUAACUUAUCCAAAAAAUUACUUUGAGUGGUUAUUUGAGAGUCUGUCGCACGCCCUCCAUAAGCCGACGAAACAAAACUAAUCAAUCCGUUUGGCGUACAACCUACCAGAAUUUUAACUCGAAAACCUUUUUUGUACUGAGAGAAUAAAAAUACUCUGGACGAUAUAUCAGCUGGUUGCUCGACAGGAAUUUCUGUACAAUCUAUGAUUACUCUAAUGUCCGGGUUGUAGUCCUUGAAUGAUUGUGGCAUGAGAGCUUGAAUGGUUGCUUUUGGAGGCCAUUGGACAAACUCUUUACAGCUACACGAUAACUGGUCUAAGACGGAGUAAAAUAUCCGCGAAACCGUUGUCCGAUGAGCACUGAACAAAAUCGCAAGGGCUGAGAAAGUAAUCCCCAGCUUCAUCUUCAUCAAAAAAAUCAAUAGCCAAUUUUGUUUCGAAAAUUUACUCAUGUUAGGAUUGUUGAAAAAUGAAAGUAGGAAUGAAAAGGUUUCCAUGUUUAAACCGGUAAGAUCAAUAGCAUCUUUGUCUUUUUUUAGUGUCCGAUAUCCAUGAAAUCCGUUGUUGCACUCAAGUACGGAUACAUCUUCAGGAUCUAGCGGAUCUGGACCAACUCGUGCAUCACAAUAUUGGACAGUUCCACCACAUGAUUUAUCUUCAGUCACUAGUGUUCUAGGAGUUAUAAUUUUGGAUGGUAAAAAGGUUUGUGUCUCAGCCUCGCAGUCGUAAUCAUAUCGCAUUCGAUUGCACAUUAAAACUGUAGUAUGUUUUUCUUCGUAUAUAGAAAAAAUAUUGCAUUGAAUCGCCUGGUCCUUGGCCUGUUCUGAAGAACUGCUAUCUUUCUUAUUCCAUUCCAUAUCCACGUCAAAUGUACUUGGUACUGGUUCCAUGAUCCUUAAUUCUGGAUCAUGGUUCAAGAUCUCGAGCUUUUUUGAGACAAAAUCAUUUAUUUCCCUUGAUAAAAUGCGUUGAAAUCUGAAAAUACACCAAAGCAUAUUAUUAAAAAUAAAUUUCCUCUGAACUUUCGAUUUAUCCUCCUGAAACAUACAAAGCCAAACAGUACAUAUAUUCUACAUGCAAAGACAAUACAAUUAUUUUGAAAGCUUGACGUGAAAAACAGACAAUAAAACACAAAUCUUUGAAAUAGACAGUUUUUUGGCUAUAAAUUUAUGUUUCUUAGCCUAAAUUCAAAAAUUAAUUAUUCUCCAGUUUCUCACCUGUCUUUGGAGUUGUCUAAUGCUUUUUUCGAUGUUUCUUUUUUUCUGUAAGCCGAAGGAAAUAUUUUCGGAAUAAAACUAGGACUAUGAGGAUGAUCUGACUUUCGACCUCCCACAAAAUGUGCACUGCAAAUGACAGAUGUUUUCGACGGUUGCCAAGGAGUCCCAUCUUCACUGUAAAAUUAGUGAACAAAUUGAUAUUUAUUAAACACUGACCAUUACAUUAGAUCACUCGUAAUGCAUUGCACUUACUUUAUUCUUUUCACAGCUUUCACCCACAAGAUCCUCUGUGGCUGUUUAUAAGAAAUUUUCGGGAAAUUGUAAAAUAUUUGGCCUGAUGAAUUUUUACGACUGUUGGAACAGCCAACAACACAACAGGCCGGCAUUUCGGAGUAAUAUUUAACAACACAGCUACUUCGUAGAUAGUAUUCUUCUGAUCCUCAAUGCCCGGAACACACUUAUUGAUAUUAUCCUAAUCGUGCAACUAAUGUAACCGCACAAUAUUAACUUAUAAUCAGCCGUAUUUCAAUAGAAAUGCUAAUAAUUGCAUUCACUCGCCUACCGCUGCCCGUUUGUUUACAGUCGUUCUAGUUCUAAUUUGCGCAACGCGCGGCGCUUUCGUCGCAAGCUCGUAUGCUCCACCCCUCUGCACAGUCCCUAUACCCGCCCCCUUAAUUCCACGAUGUACGAGGUCUGUUUAAAAAGUUCCCGGAAUUUUUUAAUUGCGCGCGUCUGGAGAGUCCGGUGGUCAAAAAUUUUUUUUUUUGUGUUGGUACAUAUGUCCCUAAUGUAUGGUGAAAUUUUCAGCUGUAUUCAUUGUUUACAUUCUGUCUUGUAGCGGCUGGUGUAGACGUGUUUUGUCUUUUUUAUGCGGUUUUUUUGCGCGACUUCUAUGCGAAUUUUCAGAGUUAUGCGGUUUUUUUAUGCGAAGUUUCAGAGUUAUGCGGUUUUUUUUAUGCGAAUUUUCAGAGUUAUGCGGUUUCCCUUCUGCGGGUUUUUUUAUGCGAAGUUUCAGAGUUAUGCGGUUUUUUUAUGCGGUACGUAAAAGUACUGCCAAAAACGAAAAAAAAUGUGCUAUCAAUUUUCUGAGAAAUGGAAGAACCGAAAACAAGCUUAGAUUUAAACGAAUAAUCUUAUACAGUGCAGGCCAAAAGUUUGAAUACACCAAAAAAACUACAAGGAUCAGCCCCAGGUGGUUGUUCGAGCCAUUGAUGUGGAACAAGGCAACCAAAAUUUCUAAUGAUCUUCAAUCAAACAGUUCAAUCAAUCGUCACACUUUUGAAUUCGCAAUUGCACGAGAGUCUGCUUAGAUUGAUCUUGAUUAGGAAUCAGCACCAAACAUUGUUUGUUUUAUAGCCGACGAAAUUACACCAAUAUCCCAAAUGUAUGCAAUUAUAUCUUUGUACGUACUUGCGAUACGAUUUUAAUAUUUAAGCCUAUCUUCGCCAAGCUUGUGUUCAAGUUUUGUAUGCAAGUAGUUAUUUUUAGAAUCAUCUUUAAGAUCUUACUUUGAAUGCGCUGAAGCCUAAGUUUGUGUGUUCGUGCACAACCCCGCCAAACAGGGACUGCGUAUUCAAUUGCGGGGUAGAUGAUUCAGCCAUCUGGUUCUUCAGGCACAGUUUAGAUGUUCUACAAAUCAGCGAAUACAGAGACCUGAUGAGUAAGCUGCAUUUUUGAACGAUUUUGUCAACAUGUGACCUGAAUAUCAGAUGUCUGUCAAAGGUGAGUCCUAGAUAGAUAACUUCGUCGGACCAUUGGAUGACCUCAUCACUCCUUCCAUCACGCUUCCUCCGGAAUUCCACAAGGCAGUCAUCUAGGACCACUGAUAUUCUUGCUGUACUUCAACGAUGUGAAUUUUGUCCUGGAAGGUCCGCGGCUUUCAUUUGCUGAUGAUCUAAAAAUGUAUAACAUAAUCCGGAAAAUAGAUGAUGCUGUGUUCCUGCAACGCCAACUGUUAAUUUUUGCUGACUGGUGUGAGAUCAAUCGAAUGAUUCUAAAUCCCCAGAAAUGUUUGAUCAUAACAUUCACACGAACGAAAAAUCCAGUUCGAUUUGAAUACUGCAUUGGUGACACUCCAAUUGAAAGGACGACAUGUGUGAAAGAUCUUGGCAUCUUCCUCGAUGAGCAACUGACGUUUAAGCAACAUGUUAGCUACAUAGUUGCAAAAGCUUCCCGAUGCUUGGGAUUUGUAAUACGGAUAACCAAAAAUUUCAAUGAUAUUUACUGCCUGAAAACUGUUUACUGUUCGCUGAUACGCUCUAUUCUUGAAUAUUACUCAGUGGUAUGGAACCCUUACUACCUCAACGGUGUCAAUCGGAUCGAAUCGAUACAACGCAGAUUUAUUCGCUUUGCACUGCGCCGGUUGCCUUGGAAUAAUCCACAAUAGCUCCCGAAUUAUGAAAGUCGAGCGAUGUUAAUUGGAAUUGACACACUGCAUGUUCGACAUGAUUUAUCACGAGCAAUGACAAUAUCUGAUAUUUUAACUGAAAGGAUCGAUUGCCCCGCACUUCUUAGCGAAAUCAACCUCAACGUUCGAUCACGUGUUCUUCGUAACAGUUUGUUCCUUCGCUUACCAUUUCGUCGCACUAAUUAUGGAAUUAACGGUGCUAUUACAGGAAUGCAGCGGUUCUUCAACAGAGUUUCAUCAGGAUUUGAUUUCCAUCUGCCACGCCGUGCCAUACGAUCUAAUUUUUUAUAUAUACUAAGAAAUAAUCAUUUGGACUAAAUUAUGUCUGUUGAUUCAAAUAAAUAAAUAAAUUUCACUGGAAAAUACACAUUCGUCUGAUGGAACAAGUUUUGGAGAUCUUGAAUGUGGAAACAAGAUGACCUGAGUUUUUGCUGCAUUGAUCACAAUUUUCCAGCUUGUAAAAUGUUCAGUUAGAGCGUCCAGACCUGUCUGUAGUUUAUUCCUCAGAGCAUUAAUGACACGACCUUUGUAAAGAAUGGCAGUAUCAUCAGCAAAUUAUGACAGAACACCACCCGGAAGAGGUGGGAUGUCUGAUGUAAAAAUGUCGUAUAGGAUGGGACCUAGGAUACUUCCUUGGGGUACACCAACAGGAAUAGUAAAUCUUUCUGAAAGUGCAUUAUUCAGAGAAACUAUCUGCAAGAUAAUUUUUGAUAAUUUUACCAAUCAGAGCGAUGCUUUCCCUCUGUUAUAUCGCUUACUCCUUCAAAAUCGUCGUCUAUGGCAAGGAUACCCAGUAUGCCUGAGAUUUUUAGCAGACAAAACAGGACACUGCUCGAUACUAAUCAAAGUUUCAAUCAUUUAUAAUUGAAAAUACGUGACUUGAUACAUUCAAAUCGAAUCGCAGAAAUAUUUCCAAUCAAAUAAUGAAACAAUAUUAAUAAUUCAUACAAAAUAUACUGAGCUGUAAGUGUUCAAAACCUGACUUCAUUUCUACGUGUAUUUUUCCUUGAGUUUCUGAUUUGCACCACUAAAUAGAAAACAAAGAGGUGUUCCACAUCAAAAAAACAACAUUCUUCAAGUUUACUUGUUUAUUUUUUAUAAUCAAGUCCCUUUAUUCACUUGAGUUAUUUGUAUUCAACCUUGUACAGACAUUUUAUGUCUAUUUUAUAGAAAUUGAAUAAAUUUAGAACAUAAAAAACAUAAAAAUGUUACUUUAAACGAUUUUCUUUAGUUUUGACUAUUUGUGUGUAUAGUUAGGGUAUUAUUUGUGAAUUUCUCGCUGUUUAACCCUUCCCGAUCGAUUGCGACCUCGAUUAAGACAACAUAACCUAAAAUUAAUAUACUUGACAGUUGUUGAACGGUUGCUUAUAUUUGCUAGUGCUUCAGUAUAAAUAUUAGUUACUUACUGCGUAAAAUGGCAAAACGAACAAAAAAUUCGGCAGAAAAACGAGCUCAAAUCAUCAUUUUGAAAAAACAAGGGUAUUCAUACCGAUAAAUACUGAAGCCUGGGUGCAGUUCUAAAAGCAAUAGAGCGCCAUCAAGAAACUGACGUAAACACAGACCGAAAAAGGUCUGAUCGACUGGGAAAACAACAUAGAGGAUUGGCAAGAUUUAUGCUAUUAGUAAAGAUGAUCGACGCAAAUCCGCUUCAGAUAUUCGUGUCGAAAUUAGUGAGUGUUUGGAUUCAACGCUUUCAUUAACUACUGUCAAAUGCCGGCUUCGAGAAAAAAGUAGGAUCGGUCGAAUAGUCGUCUAAAAACCUUUUCUUCGUCCUGUAAAUAAUGUAAAAUCAUCGACAACAAUACGUUCGCCCCAAAGUCAAUGAAAGCUAUAUACCUCAAUGUAUCGUGCCAACUGUUAAACAUGGUGGUGGCUCAGUGAUGUUUUAAUUCACCUAGUGGUGUAAUGAUGCCUUUUUUAUAUCUCUCAUGUUCUCGUACGUAAAUGUGUGAUUAAUUUCGAAAAAAAGUGACUGGGAUCCAUUUUUAGGUCUAUUGUCACAAUAUUCGGUCGUUAAUCGAAAACCGAGAAUCAGAUAAGCCGAAAUCAAUUUGUUCAGCCGUCUACUGACAAUGGCUACCGAUUGGGAUAGAUUCGAGGACAGUUAAAAAUUUUUGUUUAAGUUUUUUGUAUCGCCGCUUUGAGUGACGGUAUCAAAUUUUCAACACACUACCCUAUAAAUCCGGAACCGGAAGUCGGAUCCGGAUGAAAUUUGAAAGUUUUUAUAGGACCAUGAGACAUUUCAUUUGAUGUUAAGUUUGCUGAAAUCCGUUACGUCAUCUUUGAGAAAAUUGAAGAAAUAAUUUAAAAAAGGAAUUUUUACACUAAUCACCCUGUAAUUCUGGAACCGGAAGUCGUAUCGAAAUAAAAUUCAGGAACUUUGUAUGGGAUAAUUAUACCUUUCAUUUUUAUUUUUUUCGCAUAUCACCCUGUAAUGCCGGAACCGGCAGUGGGAAUCGAAUAAAAAUCAGGAACUUUGUAUGUGGCUACAAGACCUUUCAUUUGAUUCUAAGUUCAUAAAAAUCGGUUCAGCCAUCUCUGAGAAAAGUGAGUGCAAAAAAAUGUUACAUACAUACAUACGCGCACAUACAGACAUUUUGCGUACUCUACGAACUGAGUCGAACGGUGUAUGACACUUGGUCCUCCAAGCCUCGGUUCAAAAGUUGGUUUUCACAGUGAUUGCCUAACCUUUCUGUAUGAGAAAGGCAAAAAUUAACUUGAAAAAUGUUGUUUAUUGUGUAACUUUUGGUCUGAACUGUAGCUCUAUAUAUUGCUUUUAAAUUCGACUUUCGGUUUUGGGCUUACACUCAUGAGUGUUAAAAACUGGAACGUAUCAGAAGUAACGGCUGAAGGUUCCAAAACGUAACUCACAUGGCAUUCUCAGAGGCUUUUCACUGCAUAGGUCAUAGCAUGGACCAGGGGUUGUUCAAUAUCGUUCUCUUGUGGAGCACCGGAAUAACCGUGGAUAGAGUACAGAUCCGAUUAGUAAAAAAUGAAAGACAAUCUUCUAAACUUAGCUAAAAAGUCUAUUUCAUUUUUGAAUCCUACUAGUGGCUGAGAUGGCCACAAAAAUUUACUUUGCUUCACCGAUUAUCUUUCCAAAAUACAACUAGAAGAUAACUUGACCGAUUUUCACAAACUAAAAUGCAAAUGAAAAGCCUUGUCUGCUAUUUCAAGAUUAAAACAAAAGCAUUUUUUUAAUUUUCUGCAGCCCAUAGUUUGGUCCCCACACUUCAUCAGAUUCUUCUGAAUUUUUUUUUUUCAUGUCGAUUUUCCCAAACUGUAGUUUAAACAAAAACUCUCAGGACACCUUGGAAAAUUCUUAAAAUUUAUCUUGAUCGGACUUUCAGUUCCGGAAUUACCUGAUGAUUAAUGUAGAAAUUUAAAUUUCAUAUGUUAAACAUUUACAAAUUUCUUGUGUUAGCACAUGACCAUAAAAUCUCACUUCAGUUGUAUCAGUUUUCAGUUUCCGGUUCCGAAAGAUUCGCAAACCGUGGUGAAAAACUUCGAUUUUUAUAGAUGAUUAGAUUUAAAGAGGCCUUGCAGUACCAUAAGCAUAUUUUAAAUUGUAGUUUUAAUAUUCUAAUACAAAACACCCGAGUUUCAUUUGGUUCCGGGAUUAUAGGGUGAUGUGUGCUUAAACUUUCAAAUCGUUGUUUAGACAAACAAUGCAAAAAACGUAAAAAAAAUCUUCGAAAUUGAGAUCAGAACUAAUUUACAUGCACCAUUUUUUGGCACAACGAGAAUGCUACUUUUUCGUAGUUUUCCAUUUCAUAGCUAUAUUCGUCAACAGUCAACAGAAAUCAGAUCUUGCACAGCAUCAAUGUUUCCGCGAUGUUCGUGCUUCAAGUAGACUCGAAUGGCAAAGUGUUCUGAGCACGCAUACCAUUCAAAACACUCAACUACAUGAUGAUGAAGCCGGAUUUGACGUAUUGAAAUGAAUGUUUCUAUAUAUCGAAACAUAUCGAGCAAUCAUUGCUUUCUCUGCAAAAAACUUCGUUUAUAAACAAGCGUGAAAUUAUUUCUAAUAAUUUAUGUAGUGCUGUUUAUUUCGCAGAAAUUAAUUGAACGAAUAGUUUUUGUGCAAUAAUAAAUUUAUUGCUCCAUGGUAUCAUUAUUCGCUUACACAAUAUAAUACAUGAAUAAUUUCAAUGACUAGUAAAUGAGCUUCUCUGUCAAUGAAUGGAGGUAAAUUUACGUCGUAGAUUCUCAAAACUCCGUGCAUGGCUAUUGGCCCUUCUUGUUUCUGUAGUACAGAAAUAAUUUCUAUUCCACAAAAUUACAACAUGAUUGCUAAAUUCUAAAAUGCGU